UGAAAAUAUUUUAAAUGAAAAUCAGCUUUGAAAUCGUGAUUUCCACUUUGUAAAUCAUGGCUCAAUCCACUACUAAAAUAUCAUUGAAAGGCAAGUUAAUAGGACAUAAUGGCUGGGUUACUCAAAUUGCGACAAACGCUAUGUACCCUGAUGUUAUCGUUUCAUCAUCUAGAGAUAAAACGCUGAUAACAUGGAAGCUAACGAGGGAUGAUCAACAAUAUGGAUAUCCACAUAGAUCAUUGCACGGGCAUAAUUACUUUGUUUCUGAUGUUGUUUUAUCCACAGAUGGUCAAUUUGCCAUAUCUGGAUCAUGGGAUAAGACGCUUAGAUUAUGGGACCUUGAUUCUGGUGUUACAACUAAACGAUUUGAAGGACAUACAAAAGAUGUCUUAAGUGUUGCAUUUUCAUGUGACAAUCGUCAAAUAAUAUCAGGCUCUAGAGAUCAUACAAUAAAAUUAUGGAAUAUCUUAGGUGCCUGCAAAUAUACAAUUCAGGAUGAAUGUCAUAGUGAUUGGGUAUCUUGUGUAAGAUUUUCACCAUGUGCAGCCAAUCCUGUUAUAGUUUCAGCUGGCUGGGACAAAGUUGUUAAGGUUUGGAAUUUAUCAAAUUGUAAAUUAAAAGUAAACCAUCAUGGGCACACUGGAUAUUUAAAUACUGUGACUGUAUCACCAGAUGGGUCAUUAUGUGCCUCUGGAGGAAAAGAUGGUUUGGCAAUGUUAUGGGAUCUUAAUGAUAAUAAACACUCUUAUACUUUGGAUGCAAAGGAUACUAUAAAUGCAUUAGUAUUUAGCCCUAAUAGAUAUUGGCUAUGUGCUGCAGCAGGUCCUAGUAUUAAAAUUUGGGAUCUUGAAGAAAAAAGAUUGGAAGAAGAUUUGAGACCUGAAGUUAUAUCAUCUACCAAAACAGAUAAACCUCAAAAAGCUCCUCACUGCAUAUCAUUGGCCUGGUCUGCUGAUGGUCAAACUUUAUUUGCUGGGUACACUGAUAAUAUUAUUAGAGUGUGGCAAGUUCAUGGAUAGAGAAUUAAUAUUAUUUAUCAAUUCAUUUUUAUAGUGAAUCAAAAUACAUGUUUUAUAUUAUUUUU